AUGGGUCUAGUGAAAGUCGUGAAGAACAAGGCCUACUUCAAGAGGUAUCAGGUGAAGUUAAAGCGAAGACGGCAGGGAAAGACUGAUUAUUAUGCAAGAAAAAGGCUCACCGUACAAGACAAGAACAAGUACAACACGCCGAAGUACCGUCUGAUUGUGCGUUUUACGAACAAGGAUGUCAUCGCCCAGAUCGCGUACUCAAAGAUCGAGGGAGACGUCAUUGUUGCAUCAGCGUACUCGCAUGAACUUCCAUCGUUCGGCAUCAAGGUUGGUCUUACCAACUAUGCUGCUGCUUACGCAACAGGCUUGUUGCUUGCGCGUCGUCAUUUAAAAAACCUCCAGCUGGACCAGACUUUCAAGGGUCAAGAAGAGGUCAACGGUGAGUUCUACAUCGUUGAGAACGAGGGAGGUCGUAAUCCGUUCAAAGCUGUGCUCGAUGUUGGAUUGGCCCGUACCACCACUGGAUGCAAAGUGUUUGCCGUUAUGAAAGGUGUUGCUGAUGGAGGAAUUGAUGUUCCUCAUAGUGAGAACAGGUUCUUUGGCUACGAUUCUGAAUCUAAGAAAUACGAUGCUGAGGCACACCGUGACCGCAUCUUCGGUAAGCACGUCGCUGAAUACAUGCGUACUCUCAAGGAGGAGGACGAGGAUGCUUACAAGAGACAGUUCUCUCAGUUCAUCGCCAAUGGAAUCACAGCCGACAACCUUGAAGAGAUGUACAAGAAGGGCCACGAAGCCAUUCGUGCCAACCCAGAUUCCCGGCCGAAACCAGCCAAGAAGACAGGAGAACAGAAGAGGUUUACGGCUAAGAAGAUCAGCUUGGAAAAGAGAAGAGAACGAGUUGCUGAGAAGAAGGCUCUAUUGCUUCAACUGAAAGCGCAACAGGAAGCGAUGUAA